AUGGAAAAUUUUUUAAUAUUAAAAUCACUUACUGUUACCAUGGUAAGUGUAAGUGCAAGUAACAAUAAUAUCACCUUUACUCUAUAUUAUAUGAAUCAUAAUACUAUGGAUUCAAAUCGAACUGAACCUGUUACAACAACAACAUCAUCAUCAUCAUCGAACAAUGAACAGCAAGGCUAUCAAUCAAUAACAUUACGUUCAAAUGAUUUUAAACGUUAUUCUUUUUUAUCUAUAUUUCCACCAAAACAUCAGUAG